GGCGGUGAACCGCCCACUGAAACUCACAAUCAGUCUCGCCGUCCACUCCGCGCGGUCCGCCUGUUUCCCGCCAAAUAGUUUUUACUUAAUUUUUUAUUUAUUAUCUGUAGUAUUAGUAAAAAACGCAUGUGAUUUGUUUACAGAACGCCAUAUUAUUAAUUAAACGGGAAAAGGCAAUGCGUUCGACGUUUUGAAUUCGAAAUUCAAAUUGUACGUUUUUGAUGCUUUGGUGAAUUUGUGUUAUAAAGGAUUUAUCAAGGGCUCUUCUCUGCAAGAGUCCAUAUCACAAAAAAAAAACGAAGCAGUGUCAAACGAUAACGCGAGCCACGUAGGCCAGACCGCGGACGAUCGAGACGUCCCGAAAAUUACGAGUUGGUGACGUCAAAAUGGCGUCCACCGACACAUCGACCUCCAGCCAGAUAUCAGCCGCAGCCACGGAAGAGCACAAGCGCACAAUCGACGAAGCUUUCCUCAACAAAUUGAAGGGUCUUGUCGAACGACUGAGGCUUGAAAAUGCUACCUUGAAAAAAUCGCUCGACAUCGAGCGGAGCGAAGUUAGAGCGCUUAAAGCCCGACACGACAGUAUCAUCAGAAAUGUUAAGACUGAAUAUAAAAAGAAGGAAGACCUACUCGAGAAACAGUUACGUUCGUUAACGAAAACGGAUAGAGUCGAAGAAACACAAGCCUGUAAUAAAAUGGUGGAACUAAAAAGGCUCACGACAGAGAUUCAGUCUUUGAAAGCUGCGAAUAAGGGUCUUCAAGAAAAACUCAAGGUAGCGCAGGCGGCGGAGUGCGCCCGCGCGGCCGAGCUGCGAGCGCAAGUCGCGAAGCACAACGCGCUCGAGCUGGCCGCGAGCAGGGAUGCGCGCGCGCAGUGGCACAAACUGCUGGAGGAAAUCAAAUCGAAGGAGCGGGUGAUUAUACAGCUGAAGAGGGAGGCGGCGAAAGCGGCGUCUAAUGAACAGGCGCAAAGGAUGGAGUGCGGAACCACAGACUUCGGCAAAAGACGUGGUGACCAAGCAAAAGAAAAGAGCAACCGAGAAGAUUUGAAAACAGACAUACAACAUCGGAAAGAAAGCUUUUAUAGGGAGGCUCCGUCGGACGAAGAUUCCGCGGUGUCUUCCGCGCCCGCCUCUCUUUCCCCUCAGCCGCUCAACGAAAUGUGGUCGUGCGGGCAGUGCCGGAGCGCGGCGGAGCGGGCGGCGGCGGCGGCGCGCGAGUGCACGCGGCUCGCGGACGCGCUGCGGGACGCUCGCGACCAACUCGAGCUCAUGGAGUUCAGGCUGCUCGAGCUGGAGGACGCCGGCCCCGAUAAGGGUGCUAGGGACAACCUAACCGACUCAGAUUCGGGCUGUGUGUCCCCUGGCUCUCGGAUAAAGGACUCUGCGUCCCCCGAGCUCAAACGAAUGGACUCCGGCUACAAGUCCCCCCAUACACCAAGUAGCCCCUGCAAUCCACGGAGACAUUUCACAACACCCCACGAUGACUUCAAGGAAGACUUCGCCAAAGCUCAAGUACUAGCGGAUAUCUUAGAUAGAAACUCUGAAACAAGUGACUCGUUAAAGAGUAAUCCUGUCAAGGAUCACUUGGAACAGAUGAUCUUGAACGCGGCUUCGGUGGAGGACAGGAGCUGCUUGGAGCAGGUUUUGAUGAUGCUCUACAAUUUUCAAGCGUUGAGCAGUUCUGUUAGUGAAGAUGAAUGCUAUCAGACGAAACCGAGAAGAAUAUGUGAUCUGAGAUUGAAAACCGAAAUCGACAUUCCAUCGCACAAAACCCACAAAGCCGUAGCCACCGUCACACCGUACCAGCAAAAGGGUUACAAAUCGGAAUCACUUGAGAGUCUUUGCGAGGAACGGAAACCGAAUAACAUCUUACAAGAAAGUGGCAUCUUCGAGGGCGUGGAAACUGAAUCGACCGGUACUCAGACAGAAAUCAACGACAGUUUUGAAUGUAGCGGCGAACUAAAUACAGAAAUACAACGACUGAAUAGUAUAAGGGAAAAAUUAGAAAAGCAAGGUGUUAGAAAUAGGACGCUUAGUACUAAGGAGGACGGGGAUAGUCUGGAAUGCAAGUGCGUAAAAUUGGGAAAGAAACACAAACAGUAUUACGAGAGGAGGCUUAAGUUUUUGGAGGGAAAAAUAUCGAUAUACGAAGCAGCGCAGGACGUUAAGGAGGCCAAGCUAGCGCAGAGGCUACAGAAGGAAUUUCUCCUGGAAAAUCGAAUACAAGAACUUGAAACGCAGUUAACAGACCUUCAAGAUAAGUAUGAGAGACUAGAGGAGGACUGUUGCGAACUCGAGGAGAUCGAAAAUGAUACACGUUUACAUUGGCAGCAACUUGAAAUGGACUAUGAGCUGUGCUCAGCGCAAUUAAGAGAUAUGACGGAGCAGAGGGAAUGUUCUAGAGCUCAAGCGGAGCGGUUGAUGGCAGAGUUGGCUAAGAGGGAGUGUACUUUGAAGGCGAGAGAGAAUGAGUUGCUGACGAGGUUGGAAGGCUUAGAGAAGGCAGUUCCAGCGCUCAUAGCGUGGAACGUCUUGCAAGUUGUUGGGGCAAACGUUUCGAAAGGAAAUCAGAGGGCGCUAAUGAACCGUAUGUGUAGUUUCGGUAACGACACAAAGUCCGGUAUAUCGCAAAUAAAACGAAAUCAACAGAAUGAAACGAGUUGCAAUGCAAUUGUCGUUUGGAAUGAAAUCAACAACGGAACGACGAACAGUGUGAAGGAAUUACAACAACAGAUAACCAAAUUAAUAUCUGAAAAGAAGGAAAUAGAGAAACAAACGUCACAAAUCAAGAAGGUUCUAGAAGCGAGGGUAAAAGAUUUAGAACAAGAACUAGAAACCGCUAAGCGACAAGUAUCCGCUGCUAUCUGUGGAGCUGAAAUCAAGAAGGACAAAAUAGAAGAGAAGAUUGAUGAAUUAGAAGGCAAAAUCAAGAAGGAAAAGUUAGAUGAACAGAUCCCAAUAGAUGCUCAAACGAGUGGUAAAAUCCGAGCACUAUUAGACAAUGAACAAGAGUUAAAGAACAGAAUAGCAGAAUUAGAGAGGAGAGAAACAGCGUAUUUAGAAAUGUUAACACAAGCUGAUGAUAUGUGGGCGGAGAUGGAGGGGGGCUACAAGAAGAAGAUAGAAGAAUCUCAAGCAACAGAGAUGCAGUUGAAUGGGAAGAUUAAAAAACUAGAAACGGAAAGAGAUCAAUGGAAGAACUGCCUCGAACCUCUCAAGAAGAAACUUCGUGAAAUCGAGGAGUCCGAGUCGGGAAUGAGGAUCGCUUUAGAGAAAGCUGAAAGGGACGCCAAAACUCUUAAAGUUCAGAAUAACAACUUGACCGCUAUGUUUGGUAAAGCUGACGCGGAUGCGAAGAAGGCUGAAGCUACGGUUAAAGCUCUUGAGAGUAAAUUUAAACGAGAAAUCGAACAACUGCGAAAGAUGAAUAAGCAAUUGGAUGAAGAUCUGAAAAGUCACAAGGAACUAUCGAAGAAAACGGAAGUCAGUUUCCUGGGAGACCUCGACUGCAUCAGGAAAGAACUGACAAGGGCCUGCAAGAACAAUCAAGAUCUGGAGGUCACCAACAGUGAACUGAAGGAGGAGGUCGAAUCUCUGGAAAAGCAGCUAGCGUUGACACAGAAAGCCCUUAACCAGUGCAAGAGGAAAUGUGACGAUAAGCUAAAAACAAUGAGUCACGAACUCUCCAUAAAGACUGAAGAAUUGGAAGAAUUACGUAGCGAAACUAUGAGACAAUCGUACCACGCAUCUCGCAUAGACUUAAAGCCUGACAGAACCGAAUAUGUCGAUGAAGGAUAUUCAAUAUAUACGGCAGUACCAAAGAAAACCGAUUAUAGUAGGAUGCACCACAGCAUGAGCUAUAUCACCUCAGAAUCUCGUUGCUCGUGUCCGUCUUUGAGAAGUCAACUAGUUGGCCAACUGAUCGAAGAUUUGUUCGAUCGGAUCCACAACACGGUCGAUCAAGAUUUAACCAGGCUCUGUAAGGAAAUCGCGCCGGUUAACGGUAAAGUGACCACCGAAACUAAAUCGAAGAUCACUAAUUACCUCCUAAUGGCUAUAUCCAAGGAAUUAAUUAGAUCGAUAGGAGACGCAGACGCAAAGACUGACAGUGAGGAAGUGCUGGAACAUGGCGAUGUUAAAAUAAUGGAAGAACAAUUAGCGAAUGCAAUCGAAAGUAUUGUUAAUUGUCCAUCUUGUGCGUUGGGUACAAAUGCGAUAGUUUGGAGCACAGAUGUCUAAAUUAGACUGUCGUGCUAUUUAUUUAACCUCCACCGACCUCAACCUGGUGCCUUGAUUAGUCUAACGAGUUUAAGCGACCUGUAUAUGUAUAUACAUUGUAUAAUACUAAGCUAG